UGUGUCAGUGGAGGCUGCAGCUCACACUGGAAACAGCAGCCUCGCCGACUGAACGCCAUUUCUCAACUUGUGGCUUUUGCUGCGACACUUCAAUCAGCAGAUAGCAAACCGAGGAUGAGUCCGAGUUAGGUGCUCCGUUUCUUCCUGCGACAUCCGCGCGCUCAGUCAGGUUUGUUCAGCCGGAGUUUGAGCUCCUGUGGAGUUGCUGAGCCGAUGGAGCUGAGCAGGAGGAAAGUGCCUCUGUAUGGCCAGGCAAAGGUAUUUGCCCUGCUGGAGGGCUUAGACUCGAUGCCAGAGGAUACAGAGGUCUAUGUUGUUUUGGAAGGAUCCAUGCUGGUUCAUGUCACUCGGGCUCAGAGUGAUGUCAUGCUUUGCUUUAUAGUGCCUGGACAUAACCUGGCUGAGAUGGUUUCUGUCCAGGCCUACAUGUGCUCCGAAACCACACCCCUCACCUGGGUGGGAGGAGCUUCACUUGAGUACGUUCAGGAUGAUGCUCAGGAAUUGGCAGAGCACCUGGUUAUCCACGGACAUUGCCUGAGCUCCACAGAUCACAUAGAGCUGAGCAGCCUUUUUAACCUUGGCAAGCAGAGCUCUCGCUGGGCUAUGGAUCGUCGUGUGGCUUUGGCCAUGGCCAACCUGGAUAUCCCUCAGAACUGGAAUGUGCUGGGAAGCCACAGUGGAGAGGAUCACAGUCUCAGAGAGUCUCCCCUCCACCUGGCUGUGAGGUGGGGUCUUUAUCGCCUGGCAGAGCUGCUGCUUUGUCAGCCCGGGGGUCUAAUGGCUGUCAGUUUGCCAAAUGAAGAGGGAGUCACACCGCUGCAGCUGGCACGGGCAGCAGGCAGCAUGGAGCUACUGGAGCUGCUCACACACCCGCCCAACCCUCUCGCCACCCCACCAGCAGGUCUGUCCCAGGUUUGGGCUGACCGAUCCCGCUUGCUGAGGUUCUGUCACGAUACAGGAAACCUGACUCUGACCGUCCGACAAAACCUGAGGUGGAGCUCAGAGGAGAGCCGACACUCUGACAUCCUGCUUCUCAGAGACCGGCUCAGAGAUGAGGACUUCCUCAGAGAGAUCAAAGCUCUCAGGAGGGAACGAGUGGAGACCAUCUUUGGCAAGGAGGAACUGGUGGAUGAUCCUGCAGACAACGUUCUGUAUUCUGGUAUCAAUGGAGGGAUCUCUGCUGUAGAAGAAAAUGACUAUGAGGAGCCACUGAUGUUCUCCCUGAAUGAGGAGGAUGAAGAAGACGAUCCAUCACAGCCUGACCCUGAGAAAAGCCAGUCCAUAGGGGAGAGCCAGGCCUCGUCCCCGACUCUGGCUGCUGCUUCCAGACUGUCAGCGAUGAUACACGGCAAAGACCAAGUGUUUGCCAACACCAUGCUGGCGGACCAGCUUGGUGACGCUGACAUUAAGUACCUCUCUCCAGGGGAGGAGGAGGUCAGUCCUGUGUCCCACAUUGGCAGCCCACGCUUGCACUCCUUCUCCAUGACUCCCUGUGACUCAGGGAACUGCUCCCAGAAUCGGCACUCAUCCUCAUCCCAUAAUGAGGAGAGGAGAAUCCCAGGUCCUGGCCUGGAGAAUCACAGAGAGCCAUCCCCUCGCGUCUCGCCUCCCUCUCCCUUUGUUUCUUCCCCGUCUUUUCCUUCCUCUCCGCUGGCGUCCCCCUUUCGUUUUUUCGAGGGAGCACUUAGGCGUCAGACGCAUUCGUGCCUGCCAGUUUCUCCUGCUUUUAAUCGCAGAGGAUGCAGCUUGACAGAGGCGAGUCGGGGCCUGAGUCCUAGUCUUGAGUGUGACAGUGGAGAAGAGGACAUAUUGGGGCAUUCCUACCCCUGUUCAUCUUUAAAGCAGCAGUCCAUCUUGCGAUCCAGCUCGGGAGAGGAGAGGGACUCGUUCGACACCUCACCAGACCUAAACUGCACACUCUCUGACAGCACACACAAGGCCACCAAGAACACGGAUGAAGCCGAGGUUCGUCUGCGCUCCUACUCCUACUCCUCCCCCAAGGCGAAGCCGUCACGGCCGCUGCUAAACCGAGACGCAACCAUCACUGACCUGGCAGAAGAGUCGAGAGCAUUCAGCCCGAGUGACACUCCCAAAGAAAAGAGGGUUUUGGGUUUCCGUAAGCGGGCCCAGUCAGCAGAGGAGGAGAGCAGCGCUUCACUCCAACAUCUCACCCUCACAGAGUUCCUCAAAGAGAUUGAGGACGAGGAGUGGGAUAAAUACAUAAUCCCGUCGAAGGUCGAGUCAGAGAAGUACAAAGUCAGCCGGACCUUCAGCUUCCUAAAGAGCAGAAUGUCGAGCACACGUAACAAGACCAAGGUGAAGGGAAAAGAGGUGAAGGAGGGAAAGGAGAAGUCUGGAGCCUCUAAUGGACACCAGUUUGUGCCUGUGUCUCCAUCUGGCCCUGCUCUCUGUGUGGCCUGUGAUAAGUCUGUUUCUGGGAAGGAGCUGUUGCACUGCUCCAACUGUUUCCUUAACGUCCAUAAAAACUGUCGAGAGUCCGCUGCAGCUUGCGGGAAGAAGCAGCAGGAGAGGAAUGCAGUGCUGAUGAAAAGCAAGACUUUGUCUCUCCCACAGAACUCUGUGAAAGACAAUACUUCCACCUCCAUUUUCUCCUCUUCCUCUACACUUCCUACAAUGACCAAAGAGAAGAGAGACCCCACCGCCCCCCUCUCCAAAAGCCUCUCCAUCUCUAUAGACAGCAGGCGGAUCAGUGAUGCAGCAGCUCAGGACACUGAGUGCAGUGUGACAGUUUGCUCUAACAGCUCAUUAUCUGAUGAGGGAACUCCGGUCACGGCGACCGCCCCGUCAACUGAGCCACCAAUCACCACACAGGAUGCUGUUGAUGCCUCACUACUGAGUGACCUGUCUGCUGACCUGCUGGGACUUGAGGUUGAGUCGUGGAGUCUGGCCGUCAGUCCGGAGUUUUGCAGGCUUCACGACAGACGAACCAUCAAACGGCAGGAUGUUAUUUAUGAGCUUAUGCAAACAGAGCUGCACCACAUCCAAACCCUGACGGUCAUGUCUGAGGUGUUCAGGAGGGGCAUGCUGGAGGAGCUGCAGCUCGAUCUGGACUGUGUGGCACGGAUCUUCCCCUGCUUGGACCCCCUGCUGCUCUUUCACAGAAACCUCUUUGGUGCACUGCAGGAGUGCAGACAGACUGCAACCCAACCUGAGAACCCCCGAAAUUACCUCAUCCAUCACAUUGGAAGUGUGCUGCUUCAGCAGUUCGCUGAUGAAAAUGCAGAGAAGAUGAAGCAGGUGUACGGCGAGUUCUGCAGCCAUCACACCGAGGCCGUCAAUGUUUUCAAAGAACUGCAGCAACAAAAUAAAAAAUUCCAAAACUUUGUCAAACAACAGAGCAAUAACUCUCUGGUCAGACGGAGAGGGGUCCCAGAAUUCAUCCUGCUGGUCACUCAGCGCAUCACCAAGUACCCAGUGCUGUUGGAGAGGAUAUUACAUUACACUCAGGAGGGAGGUCAGGAGUACUCGGAUCUGUCCCGAGCUCUGGCCCAGAUCCGAGAUGUGAUCGCUGCAGUGGACCUGACUGUAAAUAAGUACGAGAGGUGUCAGGAGCUGCAGGAAGUGCUGGCCCGGCUGGAGAACAAGAGCUUUGCCAAGCUGAAGAAUGGCAAGGUUUUCCGCAAGCAGGACCUCCUUUUCAAAAACAGGGAUCUGCAGUAUAAAGGGCUCGUCUACUGGAAGACUGCCACAGGACGUCUAAAAGAUACUUUGGCUCUUCUGCUCACAGAUGUUUUAGUCUUCGUACAAGAAAAAGAUCAGCGCUUUAUAUUUGCUGCUGUGGACCAGAAGCCUCCUGUGAUCCCUCUGCAGAAGCUCAUUGUUAGAGAAGUAGCCAAUCAUGAGAGAGGGAUGUUCCUAAUCUCUGCCUCCUCAGCUGGACCAGAGAUGUAUGAAGUUCACACUACCACCAAAGACGAGAGGAAUGCAUGGAUGAGACAAAUACGACAAGCUGUUGAGAGUUGUCCUGAAGAAGAGGAAGAGGAGGAAAGAACCGCCGAACUAGAGGAGGCCAAGAAAGCGGCAGAGGUGAGAGCUCAGAAGAUCACCAAGUUCCAAGAGACUCUGUUGGGUCAGGACCAGCGAAUCUGCAACAGCCUGGAGGAGAAGUUACAGCUUUAUGCUGAGCUCACGGAGUUAACCGUGCGAUCACCAGAAGCUGUACAACAUCGCCAUCUGCUGGUGGAACCAGAAACGGACAGCGAGACGCCGAGACAGGCCUCGUCUCUACUCACAGCUGCCCUCAGAGAAGCGGAGAACCUGAUCUCCAUGCUGCAGGCCCGUGAUGGUCUUUCUGUUCCGAGUCAGGGCUCACCUGUGGGAGGACCGGAGGGCUUCAGCUACAACAGCCACGGCAGCAGCAUCCAGGAGUCUCCAUCUGAACCUGAUUAUCUGAGCACGCUCAGUAUGAGCUCCACCUCUCUUGGAUCAGACAGCGAGCUGAUGGGAAUGGACAGCGUGUUGUGGAGCUCUGCUGCUGAGCUGAAAAGUGGAGACACCAAAGGGACACUGUUUAAGGUGGCAGAGAGCGUCCAGAGUCUGACUCAGCUCCUUUAUAGUCUGCAGGCUGCUGUAACCCUCCAGGACAGCUGCCAUGAAGUCCAGAAACUCCUCCUCCUGGAGGGAGACAAACCUCAGCUCCGAACCCUCACUUCCAUCCAAAACAGUGUGGAGCUCGAGAAGCAGAGGAGUUUUGAUAAGAAGAAAGAGGAAGUAGAAAAGAAAGGUUCAGAGAGGAGGAAAGAGGAGGUGGAGGGGGUGAAGAAACUCCAUGUGAGGCUAAAACAGGAGCAGCAACGCUGGGACAGAGAGUGUCUGACCAGAGAGAAACAACAGAGUGAGCAGGAGAGUGCACUGGCGCAGCGAGAGCAGCAGUGCUUCCUGGAGGCGGAGCGUCUGCGAUGCGAGCGCAAGGAGCUGGAGGCUCAGCUGCUGGAGUAUCAGCAAAAUCUGGACCGACUAAGGGACGGCCAGAGGAGUGUGGAGCGGGAGAAGGAAAACAUCGAAGCCCAGCAGAGGCUCCUGCAGAGCUGGAGACACAACCGUCAGAGCAGUCUGCCUGUUACCAUAUCACUGGAUGGAUACAAGGUGUCUGGCCAUAGCCGCUCAGGCAGCCUGGAUGGAAGCUGUUCAGUGUACGAGAACGAGGCAGCUUUGCUCGCCUCCCUCCAGCAGAACCGCCUCCACCCGCCUGCCAACAACAACCAGCACCAGCGUCUGCUCUCCAUCCCAAGGAAGAGCCAUGAUGGCUCUCUGAACAGCUCCAGUUACACCGCUAACCUUGGCCUCAGUGCAAGCCUCUACAACAGCCUGAACACCCUGCUGAGCCAGGCUCACAGCAAACAGCCUGCGGAUGGUCUGACAUUCCCGAACUACAGCAACAACCAAGGCUGCACCCGGCCUCUGAACGACACCGCCCACCCCUUCAGCAGCAGAGUCUCUGCACAGCCACAAAGGACCAACAACAACUUCAGCCCGCAAUCGGACAGGAGACCCCUCGGUCCCUGGAGGUCUGAGAUCACUGGUCAUGGACUGUAUGAGGGCGACUUCUCUUCAUCUCCCUCUCUGACCCCCCUCCUUCCACCGCAGGCUUACCUCUCCCUUGAAGGACAGAACGGGGAGGAGGUGGGCGAGGAGAAUAUAGUUUAUCUCUGAGAAUCCCAAUGUAAGCUCUCCGACAUGUAACAGGACAGACGAUAAAAUAUAUGUGUGUUGCUUUGUUGUGGUUGUGUAUGUUUGUGUCUAAAUGUGAUGGAAAUAAGUUAAUUUUUGAAGUAAUACAAUAAGGGAAAUGUUACAGGGGAGGUGCUGUGCCUUUAUCAGUGUAUAUGUUAAUCAUUCUCUUCCUACGUGAGGAAACCAUUGUGCCUUUUUGCAAACAAUUUCUUUGUAGCUUUUAUAAUUACACUUCCCAUGUUUUUACUCCUACUUUGAUACUGUAAGUGUUUGUUGCACUUUGAUGAUGGACGAUGUACAUUAAUUCCCCCCAAUUAGAGAGUUAGUGUAUCAGGAAAACCGAACAGAAGCUGUUUUCUCAAGAGCACUUAAAAUAAAUAUUUAAGAGGCCUCCCCUAAACUAUGUGUGUAUAGACGGCUUUAUUCCUCCAUGUGUUCUUUAAUAAUAUUUAUAAGGGAUUUCGAGCAUCUUAAAGACAUAAAUAUGCCAAAAUUAUUAUAUGGAUGUAAAAAAUGUGUAUAGUUUUUUUUUGUAAAGGCCAUCUAUGCAUGCUUUGUUUAAAGAGGAUCUUCUAUUCCUCUCAUUACUUUUCUCACUGAAGUGCCAAAAAUCUUGCUAUCUGAUACUGUAAGAGUUUCUGUGACGGAUGGCUGUAUGUGUUCUGUUUGUCUGCUUUUUGGAUAAUUUAUUGUGUGUAAAUUGCGUCAUGCACUGUUAACAUGAAUAACAUUUGGUUUGAAAUGUGUCCUCUUUGUGUCUAAGUAAUCAGAACUGUGAUGUUCCAUAUGAAUAGUGUUGUGUAUAUAAAACUAUUGUGGCGAACA